ACAUUUUCACUUCCCUCCACAUAUUCCCAAUUUUUCCUCCCCAAAUUCCAAGUUUCCCUCCCCCGUAGACCUAAAUAUUUUCAUCCCUCUCCUAAAUCUCCAAAAUUUGGAGUUGAUUUUGCUAAAACUCAAAAACCCAUUUGAACCUAAAUGCCAAAUUCAUUUCCUCAACUCUAAUCCAUCAAUGAUAGGAGGUCAAUAUGUGAGUUUAUGUUGAUUUUAGGUGAUUUCUUCCUAAUCCUCUUUGUUUCUUCUCUCUGCUCUACGAUUUUCUUUUGUGUUGUUCGUUCGUCAAGGUUCUACAUAAUCAAGGGAUUUGGGGUUGGAGAACAAGUGGUACAAUGGACAGAGGUUGUUGCUCUAGAUCUGCUUGAAACCCAUUUCUCUUUUUUUCUAUCGUUAUUUCUGUCUCUCAUCUCUUGAUUUCAUUGUUUCCUCAAGUACUCUCCUUUCUCCUCUCUUCGUCACUCUUCCUUUCUCCCAUUUGCUUGUUGCUCUCUUUUUUUUUUUUUUCUUUUUUUUUUUUGAAGUUCUAGGGCCCUAUCUGGUGAAGCUUCAUGGCUUCUAAACGGAUUUUGAAGGAACUCAAGGAUUUGAAGAAGAUGGCGAUUGUUGAUGCUGGAGAAGGGGGGAGCAAGUGGUGUGAAUUAGACUUAUUGAGGACGUGGGUUUUAUUUGAUCUUUUUCCACCUAAUUCUUUGGAAGAAGAAACUGAAGGAAGUAAAUGGAUUUUAUCAAAAUUGAAAAAGAAAUUGAGAAAAAGGGAAUUAAUAGAAGCAAGGGAUUCCACAGCUUUAGGUUUUAAAGGGAAUCAAACUGAUGGUGAGAGGCAAAGGACUGAUGGUGAGAGGCAAAGUGGAGAUGGCGAUACAGGUGAUGGAAGAGAUUUGUGAGAUUUGUUAGCACAUCAGAAUUUCUUGAGAGAUUUGUGAUGGUAGAGAAAGAGAUUGAGUAGAUUGAGUUUAAUUUUAGUCAGAUGAAGCUGCUGUGGCAUUAGAUGCAGAUGGUUUUUUCUUUUUUUCUUUUUUUCCGGGGUCUAUACCAACAGAUUAUCCAUUUGUAAAGAUAAAAGUCUAUACCCACA